AUGAGCAAUUCCCCCUACGACGCCAAAAUAAAGUCCAUUGAAGCCUCAGACCAAGGCAAAUGGAUCCAGACAAGAAAGAUCAACUAUAUCGAUCCUGCUGGCAGGGAGAGAGUUUGGGAAAUGGCCGUAAGGACAACCAGAACUGAGACUACCGGGUUGGACGCCGUUUCCAUCUUCGCUCUCCUCAAGAAACAGGGCCAGCCGAAUGAGUUGGUGCUAGUGAAGCAAUUCAGGCCACCAUGUGAAAAGGUAGUGAUUGAAAUGCCCGCAGGGCUCAUUGACCCCAAUGAAUCGGUCGAGGCGACUGCUGAGAGAGAAUUGAUUGAAGAAACUGGUUACCACGGGAAGGCCACGAGCAGUUCCCAUCAGGCGCUCACCAUGUUCAGUGAUCCGGGGCUCACCAACGCCAACAUGGCGUUGGUCACAGUGGACGUUGACUUGGAUGACCCAAAAAAUCAGAAUCCGAAGGCCGAAAAUGACGAUGGCGAGUUCAUCGAGGUGUUCACGUUGCCCAUUGAAAGGCUCUUGCAGGGCCUCCAGGAUACUUGUCAGAAAGAGGGUUGUGUGGUGGAUGCUAGAUUGUAUCACUUUGCUGCUGGCAUUGACGUUGCUAGAAAGGCGUUGCAGUGA